AUGGCUGGUAGAGGUAGAUCUGCUGGUGCUACAAAUGAACUCCUGGAGCGCAUGACCCAAGUCUUAGAGACUUUGGCACAUAACCAGGAGGCUAAACCAGCCAAGUAUAGAGGACUUUCUUCUUUUACUAGGCAUAACCCUCCAAAAUUUGAGGGAAAGUUUGAUCCUGAAGGAGCUCAGAGGUGGAUAGCAGAUGUGGAGAAGAUUUUCCAUGCCAUGGGAUGUAGAGAGGAGCAUAAGGUAACUUAUGCUACUUAUAUGUUGAGUGAAGAAGCUGAAGAUUGGUGGAGAUUUGCUAGUCAAACUCUACUGCAAGAAGAUGGUUAUAUUCCUUGGGAGACAUUCAAGGAAACCUUCCUGGGAAGUUAUUUCCCUAGAGAUUUAAAGAAACAGAAGGCUAGGAAGUUCCUUGAGUUGAAACAAGGAAACAUGUCUAUAGGUGAAUAUGCUGCUAAAUUUCAUGAAUUGAUGAAAUACUGGCCUCACUAUCAACAUAAUGAUGGAGAGGAAGAUCUAUGUGCUCAAUUUGAACAUGGGCUAAGGCCAGAUAUUCGAGCUACCAUUAGUGUAUUCCAGCUGACAGAUUUACCCACUCUAGUGAGUAAAUGCAGAAUAUUUGAAGCCAAUACUAAGGGUAAGACGGUGGAUACCAGAAUCGGUGGUCCUAUGAGGCAAGACCGAAGGCCUCCAAGAUUUUCUAGAGGACCUUACUCUAGUCCAAAUUAG